AUGGAUGACCAACUCGCGACACCCCCGUUCAUCCCGGAUGAUCUAUACGACAUCUAUCGUCCUGGAUACAUUCCUCCCCGAAUCCUCUGGACGACUCUCGACGGAAGAUUCAUGACAAUUAACCUCGUGCCAACUCAGCCUGAGGGCCCAAAGGAGCAAAGCGUUCAGACCCUACCCGGCGGGUCGCGCGUCUGGACCGAUAUCACCCUAUUCCAGCGGUCGAACCAUUGGGAGGCAAUUGUCUCGGAAAUCCUGAAAUUCGUCAAGUGCAGCAACGAGUGUCACCGAAGGUGGGAGAACACCGACUACCCUUCCAUCUAUCUCAGCACCAGACAAUUCAGUAGAUGUUCUCAGACCAAUCACACGAGAGUCCAUGAUGAGUGGAGAGAGCUCAUGCGAUCAGAGGGAGUCGACUCUCUACAGUCGCGGCCCAGAGAAUGGUGGGAGAUUCGCGGUGAAUUGGUAGGCGACGAGCCAGUCAAGGCUCCCAAUGAUGGCCCCUGCCCUAUCCUCGACCCGCCGACAGAUGUUUUCACCAUGAUCUUCGAGCAUGCAGCCGAAGCACCGGAACUGCACGCGCACGCGAUGCAACUGAAGCAUCGAGGACAACCCACGAACGAGUCCACACAGCUUAUCUUCUACAAACCUCGUAGAUGGGCUGAUAUGAGCGUCUUUCAUAUCUGUCGCGCAUUCCGUACGGUAGCAAUCCAGUACUACGGCGAAUUUGGAUGCACGACCAUUCCAUUCAACCCGCGACUCGAUCGAAUCGUCAUACACGCCGAGCAACUCGACUGCCAGGGUUCCAAAUCGCCCAUGUUUGGUUACGGAUACUAUCCAUGCCUCCACGUGCAAGAGGAGUUCAACAUGGCCGAUUUGAUGUCCCGUGACGGUGUCUACAUGACCCCAAACACCCGGGAACUUACGAGCCUGUGGAAUAAGCCCACCGAACUAUCCCCAGACUUUCUCGAGAAGGUCAAGCAUGUCAUACUGCUCAUGCAUGAUCGCAAUUUUUACGACAUUGCAGACUGGGCCAGUCUGUGGAAAUCGCUCAGCAACGCCUUCGGUAACGCGCAGAUUCUCAAAAUCGACAUCUGCCAUGUCGAUGCCUGUGGAGUCCCUGGAGACAGCGAUGAUGAGGGAGCUAGCCAUGACACGGGUGAUAUCGAAAGUGAUGGAUACACCGGCAACGAAGGAGACGAGGAUAACGCGGAUGGCUCCGGUAACGAGUGGCACGAGGGAGACGCCGCUGAUGAGGGACACCAUGACAGCGAGGACAUCUCUAACCAGGUAGGCUUGUGGCGUGAGCCCAAGGACUACUACAAGGUUCAGGAUCUCUGGGUUCUGUAG